GAGUAUAUAUUCAAUAGAAUUACUAAAUCGGCCGGUUUAGAAAUUCCUCCACCUUCACCAAAGCACUGGUGGUGUUAUCGCCGGCGUUCUGCAAGAAGAGUAUCACCGGAAGUAGAAACAGAUGAAAAUGUACGGAGACGCUACAAACUGGAAUGAAGAUGAGUAUAGAGAAGCAAUACUGAAGGAGCGAGAGAUACAGACGCGUACAGUAUUCAGAACCGCCUGGGCUCCUCCUGUUCCGGCGAGAAUCCCUAAUCCGGACGCCUUUGUCGUUGCUUCCAGCGAUGGAACCUUAGCUUUCCAUUCUCUGAACUCGCUUGUUUCUCAAUCGGCGAGUUUUGGCUACUCGAAAGGUCAGGAUGUUAUGGUGGCUGAACCUGAGAGAGUGGUUAGGGCACACGAUGGCCCUGCUUAUGAUGUCAAGUUCUACGGUGAAGACGAAGAUGCUUUGCUCCUCAGUUGUGGUGAUGAUGGUAGAGUUCGAGGAUGGAGAUGGAAAGAAUUUGCUGAAUCAGAAGCAUCACUUCAUUUGGAAGAGAAUCAUGCGAAGCCAUUGAUUGAAUUGACUAAUCCACAACACAAAGGUCCUUGGGGUGCUCUUUCACCAAUGCCUGAGAUCAAUGCUAUUUCUGUUGAUCCUCAGUCAGGAAGUGUAUUCACGGCAGCUGGUGAUUCUUGCGCAUACUGUUGGGACGUGGAGAGUGGUAAAAUCAAAAUGACCUUCAAGGGGCAUUCAGACUAUUUGCAUACUGUAGUUUCUCGUAGCUCUGCAAGUCAGAUAUUGACGGGUUCAGAGGAUGGGACUGCAAGAAUCUGGGAUUGCAAAACGGGGAAAUGCAUUAGAGUAAUUGGUUCCCAGGAUAAAAAGUCCGGCCUUCGCAUUAGUUCUAUGGCCCUCGAUGGAAGUGAAAGCUGGUUGGUUUGUGGACAGGGUAAAAGUUUAGCUUUAUGGAAUCUUCCUGCCUCAGAAUGCGUAUCAACGAUAUCCAUCCCUGCACAUGUACAGGAUGUGAUGUUUGAUGAAAAGCAAAUUUUGACUGUAGGAGCAGAGCCACUUCUAAGGCGUUUUGACUUAAAUGGAGCUUUGCUUUCUCAAAUUCACUGUGCUCCUUGUUCAGUAUUUUCCAUUUCCAUGCAUCCAGCAGGGGUAGUUGCUGUGGGAGGUUAUGGAGGUCUUGUUGAUGUCAUCUGUCAAUUUGGAAGCCAUCUCUGCACAUUCCGUAGCAGCUCACUGUAAAAACUCCUUACGAUUUCUCGGUUUUGGCUCGAUACUUAGGUUCCUGCUUCUGAAAAAGAUUUCAAGAUCCCGUUUGACAUAUAUGUUCAGAAGGUUGGGAAUGGGGAGGCGGUCUUUUGGUUCGGUUUGGUUUGAUUCGACUAUAGACCAAAUAGUUUUCUGUUUCAAUGUAAUUGGUUUGUUGUGGUUCAGUAGUUGCUACCGAAUUUGAAACCUUUUAAAUGACAUUGUUGAACCGGUUUAGUCUGAUCACGUACAUUAACUGCC